AUGACUGCUGCCGCGGUAGCAACGGCACUUUAUACGCUGGGUGCUCAAGCACAAACAUACACGAUCGAUCCUAGUUCUGUGCCAAUUGCUACUCGUGAUGGAUGGUGCACUACACAAAAACAAUCAUGCCCGCUUCUAUGCACACAAAUUUCAUCAUCUUCGACCACUUCUUCAAACGAUUGCUACCCCGACUCCCUUACAUAUUCUUGCGUCUGUGGGAAUGGAAUGUCCCCCAACGUUACCGAGUUUUCCCAAACCCUCCCAUACUUCAUAUGCACAGAAUAUGGCAAUCAGUGUGUGACUGCCUGCAAUGGAGAUACUAAUUGCCAAUCGAACUGUCGAAGCCAACACCCAUGUGGAGCUCAGAACCCUGUGAGGGUCAACACCUCAACUAGCAGCGUGAUGCCAUCAACAACAUCGGGUGGUGCGAGUAAUACGCAAGUUUACAAUGGUCUAGGGGGUGCCGCUACGACUACGGCUGCUUCUGGAAAGAAGAGCGAUGCUCAAUCUGCGUUGGAUAUCGGACGCAGUUACGGCCUCGCAGUUGUGUUUGCUGGCCUAUUUUCCGGAUUUGCCUUGGUCAUGUAA